UGCAGAGAGAGCCAUAGAGGGGGGGGAUGAGUGCAGAAGGAAUGAGGGGAGAGACACAGGAGGAGAGGGCGUGGCCUCCUAAUCCAUGGUGAUCCUGUGAGUCAGUCUCAGUUCUGGUGGGAUUAAUCGACCGCACAAUCUGAGGCACAGAGGGACACAAACUGAGGUGCAGGAGUCCAAAAACAGAUGCUGGAUUACACUGGCUUAUAAACGCUACAUUUUUUUUUCCUUCUGCUCAUCAUUACUGUCUGAAAAUAAGAACCACAGACAGUAGCUGAGAAAAUAUGGCGCUCCUGAAGUCAGGCUGGCUGUGGAGACAGACUUCUGUCCUGAAGCGCUGGAAGCUGAACUGGUGUGACCUGUGGAUAGAUGGGAGUCUCUGCUUCUACAAGACGGACAGCCGGAGAGAGUUCGAGCACCGCGUCAGCCUCAAAACCACGUGCAUCGAUGUGCGAUCUGGGCUGGAAUGUGGAGGUGUAACGCCUCCAGAAAGUAAUCCCAGAGAGAAUCUCAUCGCGGUUCUUCUCCACGAUGGCUCUUCUCUUAACCUCUGUGCCAACAGUGAGGAUGACUCCAUAGCGUGGAAGCUGACUCUGCUGGAGACCAGGAGGAACCCGGUGUUUACAUACGACCCGUAUGACGACUCCUACCAGGCCGUCCCCCUCAGCAGCUACCGGACUGUCUACAUCACUCCUGGAGCCGGACCAGGAACCCACCAGGUGCUGGUUCAGAGGGACCCCUACGACGGCCUGGCAGAGAACCUGGCGGUGGGAUUACUGGCGGGCGUGGCGGCCGGAGCGGCCAUGAGAUCCUUCCUCUGGAUGCCCAUGUUUUUCUGCUGAGCCGACGAGCCACAG